UUCCAGCACUGGUUAGGCGAUAACAUACGGCAGGAGUAUAUAUAUUCGCGACCGAUCUCUACACGUGUCAGUUCCGUACGAUCCGCGUCCCCAGACAAGAUGAGCUACAGAGUCCAGCCCAGCGGCUUCGCCACCAAGUCCAUCCACUCCGGCCAGAGCCCCGAGCAGUGGAAGAGUGCGUCCGUGAUCCCGCCGAUAUCGCUGAGCACCACCUUCAAGCAGGAUGCUCCGGGCGAGCACAGGGGCUACGAGUACUCCCGCAGCGGGAAUCCCACCAGGACGGUGCUGGAGACGUGCUUCGCUGCGCUGGACAACGCCAAGUACGGCUUGGUCUUCUCGUCGGGAUUGGGAGCCACCACCGCUGUGCUGACCAUGUUGAGCAGCGGCGAUCACAUCAUCAUGGGCGAUGAUGUUUACGGCGGAACCAACCGUUUGGUCCGUCAGGUGGCCAGCCGUCUGGGCAUCAGCGCCACCUUUGUGGAUCCCACCAAGCUGGACCUUAUCAAGGCGGCCAUCAAGCCGGAGACCAAGCUGGUGUGGAUCGAGUCGCCCACGAAUCCGCUGAUCAAGGUGGCCGACAUCGAGGCGAUCGCCAAGCUCGUCCAUGGCGUCCGGGAGGAUCUGAUCCUGGCCGUGGACAACACCUUCCUGACUUCCUACUUCCAGCGGCCCCUGGAGCUGGGCGCCGACCUGGUCUGCUACUCCAUGACCAAGUACAUGAACGGCCAUACGGACGUGGUCAUGGGUGGCAUCACCAUGAACUCCGAGAAGCUCUACGCCAGCUUGAAGUUCCUGCAGAACGCGGCGGGCAUUGUGCCGUCGCCAUUCGACUGCUACCAGGUGAACAGGAGUCUGAAGACCCUGUCGCUGCGCAUGGAGCAGCACCAGAAGAAUGCCCUGAAGGUCGCCAAGUUCCUGGACAGUCACCAGUUCGUGGAGAAGGUGCUGCACCCCUCUUUGCCCUCGCAUCCGCAGCACGAGAUCGCUCUGAAGCAGACCUACGGCUACAGCGGCGUCUUCUCCUUCUACAUCAAGGGUGAGCUGAAGCACUCCACCGCGUUCCUGAAGGCCCUCAAGAUGUUCGCCCUGGCUGAGAGUCUGGGCGGAUACGAGAGUCUUGCGGAGCUUCCGUCCGUGAUGACCCAUGCCUCGGUGCCAGCGGAGGACAGGAAGACCCUGGGCAUCACCGACGGCCUUGUCCGCCUGUCCGUUGGCCUGGAGGAUGCCGAGGAUUUGAUCAAGGAUCUGGAGCAGGCCCUCGAAGUCGCCUCAAAGGCCUAAGUCCCUCACAUCACAUGUAUUUUCUCAGGAUUUUGAAUUUGUAUAUUUACCCACCCAAUAAAAGUGUUUUGUCUCAAAGAGUAUGAUUUGAUAUUAAAUACUUAUUCUGUCACGAAUUAGUUAGGAAUGAUAAUAAAAAGGGAACUGCAGCAAACUAAUUACAUAUCUUGUAUAUACUUUACAGCCAUAGUUAGUAACUGAUACAAUUCUUUUUUAUAUUGCUGUUAUUGAUUCAAAGUCAGUUAAAUGUCUAAAUUCUUAUAAGAGAUACGCUACUUUCCGAAGCUUUGCCUUCAUGACCCCCCAUAGCUACAGCCUUGAAAAAUCCAAAAAACAUCCAUAGCCAUGUCGAUUACUCCAUAGUAUAUACAAACAAUGAAUCAGCAAAUUUAUUUUCGCUGUGUCACAAAUCGUUCUAAGUUGCGAUAGAAGAAAGUCAAAAGAACGGAUGUUCCGAUUUUGAUUAACAACAAAGUUUGUUAACCUUUCAGAUUACGAAGAUUUUUACUUGAGAAGUUAAUAUUUAUGUAAUAAAGAAAAGCCAGAAAAAUAUAUAGAUCCAAUCAAAACACACUUUAUUAAACUUUUUCCAAAGUGGGAUUUAUAAUCAGUGUUGCUUAUCGAAAUCAUUGCUUCCCCAAAUGGUCUUUCGGUUUGCUUUACGACUUUUUGUUAGUUCAUAAAUAUGGUGUGAUUGGGUACAGAUGGUGUUUUAACUAAAUUAACUUUGGCCCAUUUAAAAAGUGUUUGAAAUAGUUAAUUAUAAAAGUUACAUAAAAAGGAUGAGGCUGUCAUAUAAUGAGGAGAACAGUGUGUUUAUUUAAACAAUUCCCGGUACUUGUCUGACAGAAUGUAAUUGAAUAAAAUUAAGCUUUAACAUUAUAUGUACGAUAUCCAAAACCAUAUCAU